UAGGCGCUAACUCAAGCCUCAGUUUCCCCAGCGGGGCUGGGAGCCAAGGAAGCAGACCGGUGCCACCUUAAGGCGGGUCCCGCCCGCGGCUCCCAGCCGAGCCCCGCGGAGGGAGGCGGCUCCACAGCCACCGCGGCCACCGGCCACCAGCGCCGACCCCGGGCGGCGGCCACGGACCUGCGGCGGCGCGGGCUGCAGCUGCCCCCGGGCCGGACGACCCGGGCGAGCUGGCGGGAGCUCCACCUCUGCACCCUAGCCACAUCCCCAAGCCUCCACGAAGCUGGGGGGCCCCUUCUCCCACCUCUCCAUCAGCAGGAUGUACCCCCAGGGAAGGCACCCGACCCCGCUGCAGUCCGGCCAGCCUUUCAAGUUCUCAGUCCUGGAAAUCUGUGACCGGAUCAAAGAGGAAUUCCAGUUUCUCCAAGCUCAAUACCACAGCCUCAAGCUGGAGUGUGAGAAGCUGGCCAGCGAGAAGACAGAGAUGCAGAGGCAUUACGUGAUGUACUACGAGAUGUCCUACGGCCUCAACAUUGAAAUGCAUAAACAGGCUGAAAUUGUGAAACGGCUCAGUGCGAUCUGUGCCCAGAUGGUCCCGUUCCUCACACAGGAGCAUCAGCAGCAGGUUCUCCAGGCCGUGGACCGAGCCAAGCAGGUGACCGUGGGGGAACUGAACAGCCUCCUGGGGCAGCAGAAUCAGCUGCAGCCGCUGUCUCACGCCCCCCCUGCACCUCUCACCCCGCGCCCAGCCGGCCUGGUGGGCGCUGGGGCCUCGGGGCUGCUGGCCCUGUCCGGGGCGCUGGCUGCGCAGGCCCAGCUGGCGGCGGCGGCCAAGGAAGACCGCGUGGGUGUGGACGCGGAGGGGGCCAGAGUGGACAGGGCGGCGAGCAGGAGUGCUUCCCCAUCCCCUCCGGAGAGUCUGGUGGAAGAGGAGCAUCCUAGCGGCCGAGGUGGCAAUGGGAAGCAGCAGAGAGCAGAAGACAGGGAUCUCUCAGGACCUUAUGAAAGCGAUGAAGACAAAAGUGAUUAUAACCUGGUGGUGGAUGAGGACCAACCCUCAGAGCCGCCCAGCCCUGCGACCACCCCCUGUGGAAAGGCGCCCCUCUGCAUUCCUGCCCGCAGGGACCUCGCCGACAGCCCAGCCUCCUUGGCCUCCAGUUUGGGCUCACCACUCCCCAGAAGCAAAGACCUAGCCCUGAAUGACCUCCCCACAGGCACCCCUGCCUCCAGGUCUUGUGGUCCCUCCCCACCCCAGGACGCGUCCACCCCAGGGCCCAGCUCUGCCGGUCACCUCUGUCAGCUGGCGGCUCAGCCGGCACCAUCCACAGACAGCAUUGCCCUGAGGAGUCCCCUGACCCUGUCCAGCCCCUUCACCUCGUCCUUCAGCCUGGGCUCCCACAGCACCCUCAACGGGGACCUCUCCAUGCCCAGCUCCUAUGUCAGCCUCCACCUGUCCCCCCAGGUCAGCAGCUCUGUCGUGUACGGACGCUCACCCCUGAUGGCAUUUGAGUCACACCCGCAUCUCCGAGGCUCAUCCAUCUCCUUGCCUGGCAUUCCCGGGGCGAAGCCGGCCUACUCCUUCCACGUGUCUGCGGACGGCCAGAUGCAGCCUGUGCCCUUCCCAUCGGAUGCGUUGGUGGGCACGGGCAUCCCCCGCCACGCGCGGCAGCUGCACACGCUGGCCCACGGUGAGGUGGUGUGCGCCGUCACCAUCAGUGGCUCCACACAGCACGUGUACACGGGCGGCAAAGGUUGCGUGAAGGUGUGGGACGUGGGCCAGCCGGGGAGCAAGACACCAGUGGCUCAGCUGGACUGCCUGAACCGCGACAACUACAUCCGCUCCUGCAAGCUGCUGCCGGACGGGCAGAGUCUGAUUGUGGGCGGUGAAGCCAGCACCCUGUCCAUCUGGGACCUGGCAGCACCCACACCGCGCAUCAAGGCGGAGCUGACCUCGUCCGCCCCGGCCUGCUAUGCGCUGGCCGUCAGCCCCGACGCCAAGGUCUGCUUCUCCUGCUGCAGCGAUGGCAACAUCGUGGUGUGGGACCUGCAGAACCAGGCUAUGGUCAGGCAAUUCCAGGGCCACACGGACGGGGCCAGCUGCAUAGACAUAUCGGACUACGGGACCCGGCUGUGGACUGGGGGCCUGGACAACACUGUGCGCUGCUGGGACCUGCGUGAGGGCCGCCAGCUUCAGCAACAUGACUUCAGCUCCCAGAUUUUCUCCCUGGGCCACUGCCCCAACCAGGACUGGCUGGCCGUUGGAAUGGAGAGCAGUCACGUGGAGGUCCUGCACGUGCGCAAACCGGAGAAGUACCAGCUCCGCCUCCACGAGAGCUGCGUCCUGUCACUCAAAUUCGCUUCCUGUGGACGCUGGUUUGUGAGUACAGGCAAGGACAACUUGCUCAACGCCUGGAGGACACCCUAUGGGGCCAGCAUUUUUCAGUCCAAAGAGUCUUCCUCCGUGUUGAGCUGCGACAUCUCCAGGAAUAAUAAAUACAUCGUGACAGGCUCAGGGGACAAGAAGGCCACUGUGUAUGAGGUGGUGUACUGAGCCCACCUGCCUGCAUCUCCAGGUCACCGGCCGGAGGAUGGCCACUCAACUGUCCACUCUGCUCAUUCCCCGGUUCCCUCCCCCCUGGCUGGGUGGGGCUGGAGGCCCUGGGGAAAUAUAACUGUAUUUAUCGA